AUGGAGGACAGUGUGCAAUAUGCUGAACUCAAAUUCAAGAUGCCAGAAGAGAAACCUAAGCAGAAGCUCCCUGAAGAGAAAGCGAAAGAUUCAUCCAGUUUGUCUCCUUGGUGGUUUCCGGCUGCUAUAGUGCUGGGGAUUUUCUCCUUUGGAUUGUUGGGAGCAGUGGCGGUCCUGGGCUUGGAGAUCAACCAAGCACACGGUCUCAUGAAUCAGCAGGUCAAAAACUACACUCAUCUGGAGGGAGAGACAGCCCAAUUCACAGACCAGAAGGAAGUAGCUAAAGCCACUCCCCGAGACCAGGAACAUGUGGAAGAUCUCCUCGGGAAGUUGGAAAAUAUAACCGAAGAGCGCAAUGCGCUCCUACUUCAGAAUGAGCAUCUCCAGGAGGCUCUGAAGAAAGUGAAAAAUUAUACAGGCCCUUGCCCCCAGGACUGGCUCUGGCACACAGAGAGCUGCUACAGUUUCCCCUCUCGCUCAACAAACUGGAAAGAGAGCCAGGAGAACUGCGCCUCUCAGGGCGCUCAGCUGCUCAAGGUGGACAACCAGGACGAGCUGGAGUUCAUCUACCAAGCCACGGUCCACUCCAGAAACCCAUUCUGGCUGGGCCUGAGGCGGUCGGAAGCCAUCUCCCGUUGGCUCUGGGCGGAUGGUUCAGCGCCUUUCGUAGGCUUACUCCAGGCUUGGAGGUACAUUUCCCAUACCUACCCCUCAGGCACCUGUGCAUACAUUUUCCAAGACAACAUCUUUGCUGAAAACUGCAUCAUCACUGCCUUUAGCAUCUGCGAGAGGAAGGCCAAUCUGCUGAAAUUACAGUGACCCGUCAGAGGAAGAAGGACCCAGAUGGCUGGAUCAGAGUGAAGUCAGACUUUGGCCAAUUUCCAUGGGAACUUGAGCUGUCCCAGGGCCGGGAUGCAAGCACUGAGGGCCGAGUCAGGCUCUCUUCCUUCCCUUCUUCCUUCCGACAAACACCCACUUAAUAAUAA